UCGAGAUUUCGUUUCGAGUGGACGUAAAAAACGCCUCACAAUUAAACUAUUUAGCUGAUCUUAACAGGCUCAACGUGAGCUCAAAAGUAACAAAGUGUGAUUUCUCCGCAAAUGCAUACGCAUCACUGUACCUGGGUAAAGAAUCAAGCCAGAAGCGUUAACAAACGACUACACUGGGUCGAAGUUCUGGAUAAGGGAUAAGACUAGCAAAACCGAGAAUGGCACCGAAUCAGCGCGACCUCGAGACGGCCUCGCUGCUGCUCGCAGUCGAUAACGAUAACAACAAUAGGGGCAAAGAUCGCAAGGUCAACUACGUGGAUCGCUUGAAGCCAUCUGCGUUGGAGGCAGCGCUACAGAAAAACAUAAAAUUCUACGGAUCGAUGACUAAUCAAUGGCAAAAGUUGACCCGCUACGAUCCGCUCCAGCACCGAAAGUUGGAAAACCCCACAUCGAACUUCGACACUUUGACGCACAUGUUGAAUGGGAAUCUUGGCCCGGGAAUUCUCGCAAUGCCCAAUGCCUUCAAAAACGCUGGACUUUAUGUCGGAUUGUUAGGGACGAUGGCCAUGGGGGUGAUCUGCACCCACAGUAUGCAUAUAUUAGUGAAUGUGUCGCGUGAACUCUGUCAACGGUACCAAGUUCCAGUUAUGUCAUAUUCCGAGGUAGGCCAAUACGCAGUGGAAUCCGGUCCGCGCUGCUUCCAGCCAUUGGCUCGUCUCAUCGGGCUGCUCAUCAACUGUUUCCUCAUCAUCAUGCAGCUUGGAUUUUGCUGUGUGUAUUUUCUUUUCGUGGCUGUCAAUCUCAACGACUUCCUCGAGUACAUCUCCAUCAAAACGGACGUUUUCACCACACUCGCGUGCCUACUGUUGCCCUGCAUAGCGCUCAACAUGAUUCGAAGUUUAAAGUAUCUGACGCCUACUUCGAUUAUAACUUCGUCCCUGGCUAUCUCCGGUUUGACGAUCUCGUUCUUGUUCCUGCUGAAGGAUCUGCCGCGUAGCACAUCGGUGGCGCCAGUGACGAGCUGGAGCACACUUCCCCUGUAUUUUGGGACGGUCAUGUACGCUUUCGAAGGAAUCGGAGUGAUUUUGCCACUGGAGAACAACAUGAAAACGCCGAAAGAUUUCUGCCGGUGGAACGGUGUGCUGAACACCGGAAUGACGAUCGUAGUGUGCUUGUACGCGGCCGUUGGUUUCUAUGGUUAUCUCAAGUACGGCGACGAGACGCAAGGCAGCGUGACGCUGAAUCUGCCGAGUCAUUUGUUUUUGGCAGAGCUGGUGCGCUUGCUGAUGGCGGUGGCCGUGUUUUCCUCUUACGCCCUGCAGUUCUACGUGCCUAUUAACAUUAUCAGCCCGGUAGUCCGGCGACAGUUUGGAUCCAGAAACGCACAGGACUGCUCGGAGUACAUCCUACGAGUGGUGCUGGUGCUGCUGACCUUCACCAUGGCGGCUAUCAUUCCCAACUUGGGUCUGUUCAUAUCGCUGGUGGGAGCCGUGAGUACGUCGACGCUGGCGCUGAUUUUCCCACCACUGCUGGAAAUGGCAACGUAUUGGCCCAGCCGGAAGUACGGAAAGUGGAACUGGAUCCUGUGGAAGGAUUUGAUAAUGGUGGCGUUUGGGCUGAGCGGCUUCCUGGUUGGAACCAGUAUGAGUGUGGUUGAGAUUGUGACAGAGUGGAAGUAGUUGUGCGAAGGGUAUUUUAUGGAUAUGUGACAAUACAUUUCGGCUUUAUUCGUGAUUAUUUGUAUUGAAUCGACAAAUGUGUUCAAAUUUAGAUGUAUGCAAUGAUAUUUUAUGGAGGUUAUUUUUACAUUAUUUAUAAGAAAAAAAUAUAUACAUUGUUGUUUUUUAAA